AUGGCUCUCCCUAUUAGCUUAAUUUCUUCCCAUGGUGUUAUUUCGAAUUCUGAGUAUCUUGAAAUUCUCCGGGAGAAGUACGACUUUCAGCCGACGGAAAGAGUAUUUGUACAUAUGGACAUUGCCACUUUUCUGGAACCUCCUCUGAGAAACGUCGGUGUCUAUAUCGGGACCUUUAAUGCCGGAUAUCGGCUUCCAACUUCUAUUUUUCUCGACGAGGUGCUUCACAAAAAUGGGUUCAAUGUUUACGACGUUACUCAUAAUGUUCUCUCGAGUGGAGGACCAUACAUUCGAACUGAAGCCACUUCUGAUAGUGCACCUAAAUUGCUUAGUCAGGAUCAAGAAAUUUUUCAUCUUUUGGAAAGUUUUAUCGUUGUUCCUAAGGAGUUCCCUAAAUGUAUUCUUGUUGGGCCCGAGAUAUGCACCGAGUGGCGGCGCCGCCAGGAGAUGCCUGGAUUUUUUUCGUCAAUGGUGUUUCGACCAAUUGCUCUUCGUGAGAGCCUUCCCCCUCCAUGUCAGACAUUUGCUAAGGGAUUCACUACUCCAGUUGUUUUGGUACCUUCACAGUCGGCUCCUGUCGGCAAGACUCCUGGCAACCCGUCUGUCGUGCUCCUUGUCAUGCUUCCUCCUCCUAUUCCUUCUGAGGUUUUAGAGCGUCUAUAA